UUUCUGUAAAUACAAAUCGGUGAGUAGUCUACAGUCUACGGACUAAGUUAUGGGCUUUAGAAUAGCACCAAGUCUUCUCUGUCCUUGGCUGCUGUAAAAGCUGACUAAAGCAGUGACCGGUAAAUGGGUGAAUAUUGCGAUCAGCAAUCGCCAUUUAUCGGUGGUCGGGCAUACUGUAAGACCUCAUGUCUAUAGUAGAAUUGUUUUGUCCGUGCAGUUUGGGUCAUAAAACAUAGUCCGGCUAGGGCGGUGAGCAUGUUGCGCGGGCGCAACUCCAUUAUCGAUAAUUUAAAUGAGUCAUCGAAGGCAGGUACAUGGCGGCGGGGUGGUAUAUGAAGGGUGGUGAGACAUUAUUAUGUUAUGAGUCAUUUGUUGUACCUGCCUGUAAAGUAUAGUACAUAUGUCGAAGAGAAAUGUGAUUUUGUGCAUUCGCUCUCUGAAUUUCUUAAGUGACACAAUGGCUACUCUUUUGUUUUGUACCAAAACGGCAGAAUUUAUUCAAAUAUUUUGCUUGUUGGCAAAAAUAUACCAGCACAAGCACGUGUUAUUAUCAACAAUGUGUUAAAAUUUUUCACUGAAAUGAGAAUAGAUCCCGAAAAGUUACAGUGUUAAUUUCUGUCGUUCUCGUUAACUUGCUGCGGCGAUAUGUAGUGUAAGUGUUCGAUUAGUGAUUUAUCACUAACCUACAAAAUGACAAAACUAAAUACACUAUCUAUAACGCUUAUCGACAACAAUAAUGCGCAUCACUAUGCCCGUCCAUAAGGCUCGUGAGUGGAAGAGAGAGCGAAAUACUCCCUUCACCGGUCCGAUUUUUUAUGACCCAAACUGCACGGACAAAAUAAUUGUACUAUAGCUCACUUUAUGCAUUUACUUCGCAAAGCACUCUGUGGUACGACUUAAAUGGGAAGAAGGGUGGUUUUAAAAAAAAAACGUAAAUUCAGCCUCAUAUCUCAAUGUGGGUAGCAUCAUUUCCUUCUAGUGGUUCUCCAAGGGUUUCUAAGGGCUCCGGUAGCGCUUUACAAAGAAAAUGAAAAUCUUCUUAUCCUUUGCUGCUGUCGUAGCUGUGGCUGUGGCCGUCCCAGCGAAUUAUGAACCUAUCCACGUUGGACCUGCUCUAGUUGACACCUACGAACCUAUCCAUGUUGGACCUGCUCUAGUCGACACCUAUGAGCCUAUCCAUGUUGGACCCGCUCUAGUUGACACCUAUGAGCCUAUCCAAGUUGGACCCGCUCUAGUUGACACCUACGAACCUAUCCACGUUGGACCUGCUCUUGUGGAUGUUGACAACUACGAACCCAUCUCUGUUGGACCCGCCAUCGUCGAUACUCCCACCACCCAGAGCACCCCACUCGUGCAGAUCAUCUUGAACAUCAACCAGGCCACCACUGCUUCUGCUGUUGAAACCCCCGCCUAUAAUCCUCAGCCAGCCGAGAUUGUUGAGAAGCCUGUGGCUCCCACUCCGGUCAUCGUCGCUUCUCCCAUCAUUCCCGCGCCCGUCGUAACUUUACCCGAGAUCCUCAACUAAGUGCAGUUUUAGCUUUAAGUGCAUCAUUUUAGAAUAUAAAAUAAAAUAACCAGAAUAACAACAAGACACAAAAUAACGAGUUUAUAAUGUGACAAAUAAAGAAUUUUAAUAUUUUAUAA